GACGCGCAGCGACACCGCGGCCCCGGGCGAGGACGAGCGCGCUUGGCGCCCGCACCUCCCCGCGCAAGAGCCGCAGCCGCCGCCGCCGCCGCCGCGCUCCUCCGGCUGGCUCUGAGCCCCGCCAUGGCCCCAGCCGUGUGGUCGCGCCUCGGCCGCCUGCUCUGGCUCGCCUGCCUCCUGCCCUCGGCGCCGGCGACGGUGGCCGCAGGUCCGUAUGAACUCAAUCUCACCACCGACGGCCCAGCCACCACGGGAGCAGAGGUGACCGUCUCGGCCAGCCUGGUGGCCAAGGACAACGGCAGCCUGGCCAUGCCCCCAGACACCCACCUGUACCGCUUCCACUGGAUCCACAGCCCGUUGGUGCUCACCAGCAAGACGGAGAAGGAGCUCACCUCCACCAUCCGCGUGCUGGGCAACCUGCCUGGCGACUUCCCCGUGUCCGUGUGGGUCACCGCCACCGACUGCUGGAUGUGCCCGCCUGUGGCCCGGAGCUUCACCGUCCUCACCAUCACAGAUUCUCUGGUGGGGACCCUCGUGGUGACCCAGAACAGCUCCCUGCCCUGGCCCAGCUCCUACCUCACCAAGAUGGUCCUCAAAGUCGCCUUCUUGCUCCACGACCCCAGCGACUUCUUCAAGAACGCCUCGUUCCUCUACAGCUGGGACUUCGGAGACGGGACCCUGAUGGUGACUGAAGACGCUGUGGUCUACUACAACUACUCCAUCAUCGGGACCUUCACGGUGAAGCUCAAGGUGGUGGCCGAGUGGCAGCAAGCCAAGCCGGACGCCACCACGGGCGUCGUGCAGAAGACCGGCGACUUCUCCGCCUCGCUGAAGCUGCAGGAAACCCUUCGGGGCAUCCAAGUGCUGGGGCCCACCCUGAUCCAGACCUUCCAAAAGAUGACAGUGACCUUGAACUUCCUGGGGAGCCCGCCCCUGACCGUGUGCUGGCGUCUCAAGCCUCAGUGCCUCCCGCUGGAGGAAGGGGAGUGCCACCCUGUGUCCGUGGCCAGCACAGCUUACAACCUGACCCACACCUUCCGGGACCCAGGGGACUACUGCUUCAGCAUCCGAGCCGAGAACGUCGUCAGCAGGACGCACCAGUACCACAGAAUCCAGGUGUGGCCCUCCAGCAUCCAGCCGGCCGUCUUUGCUUUUCCGUGCGCCACACUGAUCACCGUGAUGCUGGCCUUCAUCAUGUACAUGACUCUUCGCAACGCUACCCAGCAAAAGGACAUGGUGGAGGUGGCUGAUUUUGACUUUUCCCCCAUGUCUGACAAGAACCCGGAGCCGCCCUCUGGGGUCAGGUGCUGCUGCCAGAUGUGCUGCGGGCCCUUCUUGCUGGAGACCCCGUCCGAGUACCUGGAGAUCGUCCGCGAGAACCACGGGCUGCUCCCGCCCCUCUACAAGUCCGUCAAAACUUACACCGUGUGAGCGCCACCGACCCAGAGUUUCGGGCGGGGUGCCGCAUGCCCCUGAGUGGUGGGGGUUCACACGUUGUUGUGGGGGGGGGCGUCUGUCUGUACAGGCCAGCGCUUGCCACCCCCUCCAGACCAUGUGCCCAUCUGUACCACAAGCCCUGCUCAGUCACCCUCAGCCCACCGCCUGCCACAGAGGACCCUGCCACUUGGUGUUGUCCCUGUUCCCAGCCCGCUGGGCCCCACUGCGCCUCACCCAUCCCUCUCAUACUGGCCUGGCUGUCGUCUGCCCGGAGGACCCGGGGCCUGUGAGCAGAGGUCAUUGGCUGUAGGGAGUAGAUACAUAAGGAAAGACUGCUCACCCCAUGAGUGCAGACACACACACACACACACACAUACACAGCAACACGCACGCACACAUGUCCCACAGGCGUCUCGCUCUGUAUCUGCCAGGGCACCUGCUGGUUUGCACCUGAAUUGGAACACAAUGCAGUCUGACCCUGUCCCCUGUCCCCUGCCUCGGGGCCCCCGGCCCAGCUCCUACCCCCACCCCGUGCAUUGUCCCCGCAGCUCCCUGGUUGCCUCUGGAGGCCACCACCUUCCCUGCCUGUUUGCUGGGAGCUAGAGGAGGGCGGGAGGAGACUUUGCGAGUGCAGGGAGCUGUGUGAACAUCACCUUGUUUAAUUGAGACGCAGUUUCCAUUGAGGAAAAGGAGAGGUGGAGUCCCUGGGGACCUGGAUCCCGGGGCAGGGGAGCAGGUUGGGGGGUGCGGCAGCCCUGCCUUCCCAGCUGUCCCGGGGCGGUGGUAGGGGAGUCCAGGGACGUGGGGGAGGCCCUGCAGAGGAGAGAGCAGGUGCUAAGGGCGGUGAGGAUUGAGUCCCGGUGUGCAGCCUGCACCUGCGGGGCAGGGAUGGGCAAGAUGGCGGGGGCGGGGCUCUGUGGCUGUCACCGUUUGCUCUCCGAUUUUGUGCUAGAACCCACACUGCCGUGCCGUCACUCUCAUGAACCACCGCCAUUCCUGCUGGAUAAAGCUUGUGUGUUCCAGGCA